AUGUACGAUAUUUCUGGUUUCACUGGCGCAUUGAAUCAGGUACAUCCAGCUUUGGAGUACCAGCUUUCCAGCACUGAAAAGGCAGCCCGAACCUCGCUUGAUGAGACCAAAAUAAUCGAAACGCUUAAACUAAUAACGCCAAGUGGUUUGGUACAAGACGUUCAAUACUCUAAUUUCCGCAAACCAAAACCCAUCAAACUCUAUCCACUACCACCUCCAAAAAGUCUAGAAAAACACAGCAUUAAUGAAUACGCUCGGGACCUUGCCGAAUCAAACUAUCAGUAUUCUUUGCAGGCCGAAAACUACAUCGAUCAAACGCUACAAGAUCUAAUCAGCACAGGGGUCUUGAACCUACAAACUUACAAUUGUAUUUUAGAGCACUAUGUUCGGAAGGUAAUCUACCACCGCUCAAAACUGAUUAAGAAAAGAAUGGACGACGACGAUAAUGUGGAACCUGACAUUCAAACGUAUAACCUACUUCUCCAAUUAUACUUGAAGUACGAUAAAACUAAAACAGAAUCAGUAAUGAGUCUUUUUGAAAAGAUGAAGAAGCAUAAUAUAGAGCCAAAUCUGUCGUCGUUGUAUUUCGUAUACUCAAAUCUGAAGCAGAUGAAUCAUCUCCUACUUGAGCAUAUGACAGUCAUGAAGGUGCCUCUUGAAAAUAUUAACACAGUGAUUGUGAAACAUAUGGCUCAGUCAGGAGUUCCACCAAAACUCAUUCUUAGAUUUCUUGAGGACCACAAGAUUCACCGUGGCAUUCCAGUCAACAAUGCAAUGAUUGAAGCUUAUUUGCAGCUCGAACCUGAAUCUGUAUUUGACUAUAUUCAUCAGAUUUCCGAAAACGAAGGUUUUCAAGGGAACACCAAGACUGCAAAACUGUUCGUUUCUCAUUAUUGCACCAAGGGUGAGCCAUAUUUUGGUCUUUCUUAUGGCAAAUAUUUAGCAGAGAAGUUCCGAUUGACUAAUGCCGAGGAAAUCUAUGUCACCAUGCUCUCGCACCAUCUGAAUGUGGCUCUCGCAGCGGAACAGUGGAUUGCACUGGCUAGAUACUACUACUAUAAGGCAAGGAAGCUUGUUCCCGCAAAGUUGAAAAUUUACGAAAGACGAGAUGCAAACCUUCCGGAAUAUUGACACCAUCUUCAAAUGGAAAGGAGCGCCUAUUCCCAAACUAUCUGAUAAUACCCCAGAAUACCAAAAACUGGUGGAAGAAUAUUUUAUCAAGAGUUGUUAAGAGCAGUUAUGCGCACUCUUCUCCCCAGAUUCUGACUCCCUCCUCAAUCUGGUCCGCAUCUAGAUGACUGAUGCUCAUCCGAACACUUCUCUUACCCCAUCCUCUAGGGUCCCCAGUCACUUCAAAGUUGUCUCCGGUGGCAAGGACGACCCCCCUCUUCCGACACUUGUUCGCAACUUCUUGAGCAUCGAUGUUUUCUGGAAGAACGACCCAGUUGAAAUAGCCGCCGUUGAUUGGAGAAAUUUGAGUACCUUUUGGUAAGUACUUUUGAAGAGCCUCAUUCAAAGCAGCUGCGCGUUUCGAAUAAGUAGAGUUAAGCCUGGCAAGUAUGUUGUCAAUAGCUCCCAUUCUAUAAAGCUCACCAACGAUCACCGUGUUCAAUUGCGAGGGGGUACCACCAGACCUGGUUGCGCCUCCUUGGGAGAGCAAAUAGGCAAGUUUGGGAGUGGCAGAUUCUUGGUAGCCAGUUCGCAGACCUGGACCAAGAAUCUUAGAAAAUGUAGUAUUGGAGAUAACGUUACCAUAUUCUUCGCCCUCAGGCAGUGUUUCCCUGUCUAGGUACACCAUCCUCUUAUGAGGCACUUUGUUAUGGAAAUCCAAUAGUUCAUACACGUCAUCGCAGAUGAUCAGCAUGUCGUGUUUUCUAGCAAGCUCGAUCAAACGUUGUCUGUUUUCUUGGCUCAGCGUCCCUCCGCGAGGAUUUGAGAAUGUAGGCACGAUAUACAUGAUGUAUCUGUAUAUUUUUUUCAACGGUCUAUCUGGAUCAUGAAUAUGGGCGAUAUCUUUUUCCGAGAUAGAUCUUGCAACCGGCUCGAGAGUGUCAUAGAGCUCCAGUCUCUGCCUGAGCGUUUCAAAGUCUAUCUGGCCUGUUUCGUCCUCUUCUAUGGAUGUCAUUUUGCCUCCAAACCCAGCAUCAAUGAAUAUGGCGUUCAUGAGAAAGUAGGUAGGACUGACAAGAAAUGCUCUACGCGUGACUCCAUUAUGCGCAGAUGAGAACUGGGCUAGAAUAUUCAUGAUCCCGUAUGAUGAACCCGAGGUUAGGUUGAGACAGUCAGGGUCGGUCUUUGUUUCCAGUUCAAACUUGUUAUCAUUCCAGUCGGCGAUCAGGGUUCUGACCUCAAGAUUUCCAGGAUCUGUGCCGUAAUUCAACGGAUGCGUGUCAUUAACUCCGUCGUAGUUGUCCAUAGAAUUAUCGAAUCUGGAUAGAACAUUUUUCGAAGCC